CAGCGGUCUAGCGGCCCCGCCAAGGGCCGACCCUCGCCUCUCACGAUUCGGCAUCUGCGAAUUUCAACCAGAUCCCAGCGAACUUUGAAAAUGCCAUUUAGGUAAAGAAAGUAUUUCCGCGACGUCAACACAUGGGUCACAUGUCUAGAUAUGCCAACCGUAUUCAGCUUCGAGCCGCUAUUCGAGACGCCUUUGGCUUGCCGGUGAAGCCAUCUCUAGCCGCUCACGCAUCAGUUCGGUCGUCGCUUCGCUCUGCGCGGUACCUGUGCCCUAGGUAUGCCUCAACGGGUGAAUUCAGCCGUCGACAGGACAAUGGCGUCUCCAGCAUCCAGCUCGCAGUCAAAGACAAUAUCGCCGCCACGGGGUUUCAGACAACAUGCGCCUCCAACAUUCUAGCCGGGACCGAAAUCCCCUUCGACGCGACCAUUGUGACGCAGCUACGGGGUCGUGGCAUGGAAGUCGUGGGCAAGGCAGGUAUGGACGAGUUUGGCAUGGGCACGCAUUCGACAACAUCGGCCUUCGAAUCCGUCCAUAACGCGCAUCCGCUCGAGAAAUACUCCGCGGGCGGUAGUUCCGGUGGAAGCGCCGUGGCCGUGAAGGAGGGGAAGGCAGACAUUGCGCUGGGCACCGACACAGGUGGCUCUGUGCGCAUGCCGGCCGCAUAUACGGGGACAGUCGGCUUCAAGCCUUCCUAUGGCAUGUUGUCGCGAUGGGGGGUGGUCCCGUAUGCCAAUUCCCUAGACACAGUUGGAUUGCUAGCGAGGACCGUGCAACCUAUCCGCGAGGCUAUUGUCAGCUCAGGCCUAUUUAGAGAGCAUGACCCGAGAGAUCCUACUUCUCUUCCGGAUACAGUGCGCUCGAGAUGUACGGCAGAGAGGGAGGGAUAUACUCCUAACGGACAACCGCUUGAAACACUGGAAGGGUUGACCUUUGGUCUUCCCGUGGAAUACAACAUCGAGGAACUUGACUGGCGCAUUCGUCAAGGAUGGCUUCAAGCCCUCGACACGAUACAAACACUUGGGGGUCGUGUUGUCCCCGUUUCGCUGCCCUCUACGAAGAAUGCGCUAUCUGCAUAUUACGUGAUAGCCCCCGCAGAAGCGUCUUCUAACCUCGCCAAGUACGAUGGAAUACGCUAUGGUCACCGAGAUACCAAUGACUCAAGCGACGCCCAGGACGGCGUACUAUACGCGAGAACACGGGGUUCAGGAUUUGGAAACGAAGUCAAGCGCCGGAUAUUACUAGGCUCGUAUACUCUGAGUUCCGAGGCGAUAGAUAACUACUUCAUCCAGGCGCAGAAAGUCCGCCAACUCGUGCGAAGGGACUUUGACAGGAUCUUCAAAUUGGAUAACCCUUUACUCGACGAGCAGCACUUCGAUCUGAGCGAGAUAGAAGAGUCGAUUGGUAUCGAGACGAAGCUAGGGCCCGCACAAGUCGACUUCCUUGUCUGUCCGACUGCUCCUACUACACCCCCACUCCUCGAGCACGUCCGUGACCAGACCCCAUUGGAUUCGUAUAUGAACGACGUCUUCACAGUGCCGGCGAGUCUUGCCGGCCUUCCCGCUAUAAGUAUCCCUAUGGAUCUUCCUGUGGACCCGGCAAACGAGGAGCAGAAGCUGCUUCAUUUUGGUGGACUGCAGCUCAUUGGGCAGUACUGGGAUGAUGCACGUGUUUUAUCGGUUGCAGAAAGGCUAUCAGGCCAUGUCGCAAACAACAGCGCCGGUAAAAAUUGAAGACGCGAUACCAAGGUCUGGCAAGGGUCUCUAAACGGACAAGAGUCCUGUACAUUCAGUCUAUGAUGAUGGUAUUUGUCGUCCUGUUGUGUAAUAUUAGAUAUACCCAAGAUACGUAUAAAAUAAAGCAAUUUACCACAUAA